CUGAAACAGAAAUAAUGACCAUUGCCAACCAUUACAGCAAAACUCUUCUAAGAGCCAUACCAGAUUUUUCUGUUCAGGAGACCAUGAAUGAGCUCAGGCUUUUCAAGAAAAUUCUCUACAGAAAACAUGGAAGUAAAGUUCAGGAAUUGAAAUGGUGUGAUGCUCAUGAUCCUGAGUUUCCAAUGCUGAUGGCCGUGAUUGAGCUUCUAGGAUGCAUUCCCCCUACAAGCGUCAGCUGUGAGACUACUUUUUCUCACAUGAAACUUGUUAAGACAAGUAGACGAACACGCCUUCAAACCUCUACCCUCAACGAUAUUCUCAUGGUCAAACUUCAAAGUCCACGAGUUACAGAAUUUGACCCUACGUCAUCUAUUGACAAAUGGCUGUCCUUAGCUCUGAAGCCACGUCUGCCAAACUACCAGAGGGCAAAGAAAGCUGGUCAGUCCACCAAUGUGAUUGAUGUGGGAUCCUCCAUUGACAUCACUGAACUUCAAGAUUUGUCAGAAAACACAGACAUAAAUAACAUUCCUGAGAGCAUGGACAAAGACACAACUGAUUCUGAAGCUGAUGAAUUUCAAGGCUCAGCAGAAAACGCAGUUAUGGACAACGACGACAUGUUUGCUCUAGAAGAAAUUUAUGAGUCCAAGGAUGAUGACGAAAACGAUCAUUAUUGUGAUGAAUUUCGAGAUGAACAUGAUAAUUGGGCAUUGAUGUUUGAGCUAGUUAGAGAUUAAAUAAUAAAUAUUGGUGCACUGUCA